UUUGCAGAUUGUAAGUGCACCCUGAGCACCAAAAGGGCUGGGUUUAAUCAAAUGCCACUAAUCGCUAUAAGAUAAUACGCUCCAAGACGCCAGCAAAACACACAUGCCCUCUCCGCUGCAACUUAUCCGGGUUUCAGCCUCCGCGGCCCGCCACUUUGUCCAAUCUCUCCUCCUGAAAUAUAAUGUCCCCAGCCAAAACGGGGCAAUAGUAGCAAAAUGCCUCGUAGAGGCCGAUCUCCGUGGUGUAGACUCCCACGGCAUCAAUCGAAUCCCCUCAUACCUAGCCCGUAUCCGCCAGAAAGUCCUUGAUCCCUCCGUCUCGCCCGUAGUCAACAAAAUCACUCCCGUGGUAACCCAGAUCGAUGCUCAGAACGGCUUCGGCUUUAUCGCGGCCAACGAAGCCAUGAAUACAGCUAUCAAGAUAGCACAAGUCUACGGAAUCGGAAUGGUCUCCGUAAAGCACUCCAACCACUUCGGCAUGUCGGCGUCGUUCGUCCAGCAAGCCAUCGAUGCGGACAUGCUUAGUUUAGUUUUCACCAAUUCGUCUCCCGCACUACCGGUCUGGGGUGGAAAGGAUAAACUCAUGGGCGUAUCCCCCAUUGCAUGUGGUGCGCCCGCCGGAGAAAACUCAAUCCCUUUCAUCCUCGAUAUGUGCCCUUCUAUAGCCGCGCGGGGUAAAAUAUACAAAGCGCUCCGUCGCGGUGAUCAAAUACCGCCAGGCUGGGCUCUUGACAAAGAUGGGUUGCCAACCACCGAUCCCGCUUCAGCGUUGAAAGGCGUAAUGCUACCUAUGGGCGGAGCCAAGGGAUCCGCGUUAUCUAUAAUGAUGGACGUGUUUUCUGGUGUGUUAUCUGGCUCUGCGUUCGCAGGACACGUCAUUAAUCCGCACGACCCAUCUGAACCGGCUGAUGUGGGCCAUUUCUUCGUAGCAAUCAAGCCUGACCUAUUCAUGACGCUAGAGGAGUUCAAAGGGCGGAUGGAUUAUUUAUACCGUCGGGCCGUGGAAUGUGAGAAGAUGAAUGGGGUAGAAAGAAUUUAUUAUCCGGGGGAGAUUGAGCUUCUGACGGCGAAAGAAAGGGAAAGAGAGGGGAUUCCGUACGUUCGGGCGGAAAUUGAGGCGUUGAAUCGCGAGGCCGAUUUGGUUGGCGAGUAUCAUCUCAAAGGAUUUGGAUAGAUUGGGAAGACACAUUCAUAUUUGCUUAUCGUGCUAUAUGAGCGUGCUUAGGCGAAGUGCUGUGGUGACCAAGGGCUCUAAGCAGUCACCAUGCAGUUGAAAUUCGGAGCCUAAAUCGAGAAGCUCGGAUUGGGAAUAAAAACAAUGAAUAUAUUGAAAGAGAGUGCGGCGAAUAGGUCGAAUUUUCCCAAACAUCAUGUCCUAUGACUCCAUUUGUAACGGGGCACCUUCCAGCUGAUUGGGACCACUACCGGGCAUUGCAGAACCAACGUUUCCGUCCUCCACAGCGCCGACAUCACCGUCCUCGUCUACCAAACCCCAACCCAUAUUCUCCAGUUCUCGCGAAAAGAAAUCUCUCUCUUCGUCCAUCAUUGCCUGGCCUCCUUCCACAGCCAUGGCAUCCUUGUAGCGUCUUAAAUGCCACCAAUGCGUCAACCCUCUCAAGGCUUGCUCCAUCGGCAGUGAAUCUUCCACUUCGGCAUCAAUGUCCGCACCAGCGAGC